AUGAUGAUGAUGAUGAUGAUGAAGGAACACAAGGACGCAGAGCUGGAUAAAAAGAUCGAGGCCUUACGGAAGAAAAACGAAGCACUUAUGAAACGCUACCAGGAAGUGGAGGAGGAUAAAAAGCGGGCGGAACAGGAAGUGAUGCCACUCCACAGCAGGAAGGGGAAGCCUGAUGAUCUGACUAUCACCAUCAACAAAUCCUCCAACGGGAAGAGGGUGUUCGGUGAACGAAAGGACAGAAACCUGAAGUCUUGUGCUGAAGAAGAGCCGGAGUCCAACAACACUCGAGAAAACCAGUCAAUAAAGAGAGUCACGCAGGUCACGGAGGCCAUCGCUGACCUGAACCUCGUCUCAUCCCAAGAAGAGCAGCUGGAGUAUCUGCGAUGGAAGAAGGAGCGCGAGGAGAUCGACCGAGAGCGUGUGGCUCGACACAAGAACGCUGAAGGCCAGUGGAGGAGAGCCUGGGACAUGGAGAAGACCGAUCUGAUGUUCUCUGAAAAGGAACAUGAAGGAGCAUCGAACCGAGGAGGUCGAAACACUAGGAGAGGAAAUUCGAGAGUAGAAGGAUCCAGAGGUGGACAGCAAGCGUCGGACAGGAAGAGGAAGUGUGUUCCAGUGGUGGGCAGUAAAGCCAAGGGUAAAGAGCGUCUGACGGGGCGAGCGAGGAGGUAA